ACAACUUAAUAUUUAAACCUGUGCAUAUCUUAAACAGGUUUAGUGUGCUAACUGCACAUGCUGCAUGAAACCUGACUAUCCCGCUCAAUAUUUUAUCAAUUGGAGACAUGUUAAAAUUUGUAUUGCUACUCUUUGCUGUGGCUGGCUUUAAUGCUAGACCUUUGCAAUAUAAUCCUCUUCAAAAUGGUGUAUGGGUUAUUGGACUCCCACAACUGGUACAAGAUGGACAAGAAUACAUGGCGAUAUCUGGGCCUGAUGAACACCAAAGACAGGACACAAAGACUGAACCUCAGUGGGAAGUUGUUCUUGCUCCAGAGCAUACAGAGGUGCGAGAUGAUAUGAACCAGAAAGUUGCUCCCGCUGAGGAGCACAGACCAUCUAGGCGCUUUGUGGUGGACCUGAACACAGGCUUGUUAAAGGAAUAUAUCAGUGAGAUGGACAAGAGAGCUGAAGUCUACAAUCCUACAUCCAAUUCUCAGUUCAGACAGGGCACUCAGAACUCUCAGGUAACUCUGGUGGACACUAGAACAGGGCAGCAGUUGCCUCAGCUUUCAGAGAUGCAGAGGAGAGCAGCACCAUUGUCUCAGUUCAGACAAGGUACAGAGUACAGUGAGGCAACCUUGAUGGAACUCAGGAAGCACCAGAUGAUUCAGAGAAUGGAGAAAGCCAAAGUUAGCAAACAGGAAACCACCCACAAAGCAGUACUACCUGAGCUUCGCAGACAAGGAACAGAACCUUCUAGACGCUUUCUUGUGAACCCAAACACUGGAUUAGUAAAGGAGCACGUCAGUGAGAUGGAAAGAAGAGUUUCAGGCUUUUACAAUCCUGCAUCCAAUUCUGAGUUCAGACAGGGCACUCAGAACUCUCAGGUAACUCUGGUGGACAUUAGAACAGGACAGCAGUUACCUCAACUAUCGGAGAUGCAGAGGAGAGCAGCACCAUUGUCUCAGUUCAGACAAGGUACAGAGUACAGUGAGGCAACCUUGAUGGAACUCAGGAAGCACCAGAUGAUGAAGAGAAUGGAGAAAGCCAAAGUUAGCAGACAGGAAACCACCCACAAAGCAGUACUACCUGAGCUUCGCAGACAAGGAACAGAACCUUCUAGACGCUUUCUUGUGAACCCAAACACUGGAUUAGUAAAGGAGCACGUCAGUGAGAUGGAAAGAAGAGUUUCAGGCUUUUACAAUCCUGCAUCCAAUUCUGAGUUCAGACAGGGCACUCAGAACUCUCAGGUAACUCUGGUGGACAUUAGAACAGGACAGCAGUUACCUCAGCUUUCAGAGAUGCAGAGGAGAGCAGCACCAUAUUCAGGUUUCAGACAAGGCACUGAGUACAAUUUGGUGACCUUAAUGAAUCUCAGGGAUGAACAGAUGAUGGCCAAAGUUGCUAAAGAUAAAAUCCUACACACUGUACAGGACAUGGAAACCAAUGAGGUGUUCCCUGAGUUCAAACGUGGCAUUGGAUAUUCACAAGCCCAAAGACAACGCAUCAUGGAGCCACUUCGUUUGCAAGCUCUAGAAAAUAAUGAAGUGGCUAUUUCUUCCCCCAUGGAGGAGUUCAGCUAUGGUAUGGAAAACAGCCAUGCCAAUAUAAUAGGCAGACGAUUCGUGGAGCCUUCUUAUGGGAAGCAAAGUGAUGAAGUUGCUACCUGUCAAGGAGUGGUUAUUGAUGGCAAAUGCUACAUUUUCAAUCUUAAAAUUACAGACCUUCCAUGAAACUGAAGAUGUUCGGAAUUGAUGAAAGCUGGUGGACAGCAGUAGACCGUGGCCAUUUUUUCACAUCCUGUGACAGUGUAAAAUCUCAGAGGAAUAAAACCGUCUGUCAUGUUUUGUCUGAAAGGAAUUUGCAAUCUGUUAGUGUUUUUCACAACAAUAAAGAACAUUGAGCAUUUACAA